GGACACUAUGCCGCGCCAUCGAUCGGUGGAAAUGACACAGUUAAAGGGUUAAAAAGCGAGGGCUCGACCGUGGCCGGAUGGCGUACAAAGGAUCGAACUUUCUAUUUUGACAGAAUCUAUUCCGACUCUCUUCUCAUUCGUUUCCUCGCGCGACCACCGAACUGUCUGAUAUUGUUUUAAAAGAUUGGAAAGAGUACGUCGCGCAAUAGACGUGGAGAGGCAAUAUUCUGAAAUACGUCGAGGUAAUAGUGGGUUAUAUCCAAGGAUCAAGUGUGUCGAGGCGAAACAUCGUCAAAUGACGUAUCCAAUCAAUAUCGCAGUUAGUUAUCAAUGCGUUGGCUACAGCGCUGACUUCCACUGAUUAUUUCAAAGCUCAACCAAAGCGCUUGAAAUCCGAAUUUUUGAAUAAUAACCAAACAUACGAUAAAUAGAUGCAACUCGCAGUAUGUAUUUAUUAGCUUCUCGAAUGAAAACUUUGAUUUUAACUCUGCGGAUUUCGUUGAAAACAUGAAGAUUUAACGAAAAAUCAUCAAAACAUGCAGACUAUCGUUUUCUGAUGCUGCAAAAAAAUAAUCAUUUUAUCACAGUUUCGUUAAGGCAUAAAGAAGCACUUAUUUAUGAAUUAUUUAAUAUAUUAUUAUUUUAAUAAUCCAGCUAUAUUUAAUCUGUUUUAAUGUUUAAUUUCAAUACACAGCAGUAAAUAUAGCAAUAGAGAUUAUUGCAUUACAAACAAGUAUUAAAUAAUAUUUAAUUACUUAAGUAAUUAAAUAAUACUUAUUACUUCUACGGAAGUUUAAUAGAUUAAAUUGGCGUUAGAAAUUUCGAAGAGUAGACUAGAAGAGUAGUAUAGAAUUUAUAGACUUAAAAGAACUGAAAAAGAGAGGGGAAGUUGUUCACCGUUACAUUCUGCGACCUGUAAUCCGUCCCAAAGUCAGCUUGUGAUCGUCUGGCGCUCAAUGCACAUGAAAAUACUAAUCAAUCAGAAACGCGGCGGUAAUUGAUAAUCGCAUGUUAACUGAUGGUAAUCCUUGAAUGCCACGAGCGACGCUUUCGAUAUGUACGUGAGCAUUUUGCGUGUUUCGAAAAACAAAUAAUUUAGCCGCUUCGAAAUAAUUCAAAAUAUUGCGAGAAUGAUUGCUGUGACUGUACGCGAACGUAACGGACGGCGGCAGUUGUUGAGGGGGAACGACUAGUUUGUUUUUGUUCAUUGUUUUGGUACUCGUUCGCGCGUCACGUACGCUUCGUGAUCGAGUCAUUACGUCUCGAGCCGACCAGCGCCACGCACAUAUUUCGACGCGAAGUAUUCGUGCGAUUUCUUUAAUUCUCGUCGGGUGAAAUUAGAAUAUUUUGCGAUGGUUUUUGAGACAUUUAAUCCUCGUCGGGUUCUCGUCGGUUUCUCGUCGAGUUCUCACCAAAUUCUCGUCGGCAUCGUGUUAAUUAACACGCGCUUCUUCGAUUGAAUCGUACUUGCGCGAGUGUGAGUGAACCACGGAGCAGACAGCAGUAGGAUGUUGGUUCGUGUUAAGACGGAGGACGUAGGAUGUCGAGACGGCUGGCGAUACAUCAUGUAUUUCCAGGACGAGAAGAACCAGUUGCUCAUCACGAAUCUUUGGCUGAAACUGGAAUGGAACGACGUGAACAUGAGAUGGAACGUCUCGGACUACGGAGGCGUGCGGGACCUCAGAAUACCGCCGCAUCGACUAUGGAAACCCGACGUUCUUAUGUACAACAGCGCCGACGAGGGCUUCGACGGCACUUACCCGACGAACGUCGUCGUAAAGAACAAUGGGACCUGCUUGUACGUGCCACCCGGUAUAUUUAAGAGCACUUGCAAGAUAGACAUUACCUGGUUCCCCUUUGACGAUCAGCGCUGCGAGAUGAAAUUCGGCUCCUGGACAUACGACGGCUUUCAGUUGGAUCUGCAGCUGCAGGACGAGACCGGGGGUGACAUCAGCAGUUUCAUCACUAACGGCGAGUGGGAUCUGUUGGGGGUACCUGGCAAGAGAAACGAAAUCUACUACAAUUGCUGCCCAGAACCGUAUAUAGACAUCACCUUCGUCGUCAUCAUCAGAAGGCGCACACUCUACUACUUCUUCAACCUGAUCGUGCCGUGCGUCCUGAUUGCCAGCAUGGCCGUCCUCGGGUUCACCCUGCCGCCCGAUUCCGGCGAGAAACUCUCCCUCGGGGUAACCAUCCUUCUAUCCCUCACUGUGUUCCUGAAUAUGGUUGCCGAGACAAUGCCAGCGACGUCCGACGCCGUACCGCUUUUAGGAACGUACUUCAAUUGCAUAAUGUUUAUGGUGGCCAGCAGCGUGGUCAGCACAAUUCUCAUCUUGAACUAUCAUCAUCGGAAUUCUGACACACAUGAAAUGUCUGAAUGGGUUAAAGUCGUUUUCUUGUACUGGCUGCCCUGCAUACUCCGUAUGUCAAGGCCCGUCGAGAAAGAAGAAAAGGAAGUGCAAAAAUCGCAGAAGCCAUCUCCGGUCACGGGCGCGAGCAAGUCGUACGGUGACCUGGAACUUCAUCAGAGAAGCAGCAAGUCCCUUCUGGCGAAUGUGCUGGACCUGGAGGACAACGCGCUGGCGUCACACAACAACCUGCUGAACAAUGUAUACAGCACACCCGGGCCGCACCACGCACACACGAUGGGUCAUGGCCAUAGCCACAUACACACGACACCCCAUCAUCAUCACAGCCACGCGGCCACGACACCGCACCAUCAGCACGCGACGCCGUUGCCGCACUCGUCGUAUCCCGGACACCAGAUCAGUCACACGCCGCACCAUCACCCGCAUCCGCAGGACGCGCCGACGCCGCAGGUCGAGACGAUACUCCAGAACGCGUGCUUCUGCGCCCGCUACGAGCUCGUGCUAAUACUGAAGGAAAUCAAGAUAAUAACGAAUCAAUUGAAGAGCGAGGAUGAAAACACGAAGGUGACGAACGACUGGAAGUUCGCGGCGAUGGUGAUCGACAGGAUGUGCCUAAUCAUUUUUACUCUGUUCACCAUCAUCGCUACCAUCACCGUCCUGCUGUCGGCGCCGCACAUUAUCGUCACGUGAUUCAGAAAAGCCAGGCUGCCGCCGGUGGUUCCGGAGUCGGCGAGGGACGCGCGCCGCACGCCGUCGCCGGCGUCGACGUCGGCGUCGAGGUUGACGGGGAUCGCGCGCGACGCCACCCCGGUGAUACGCCCGCCCUUCCCGUCGAUCGAGUCCCGCCGGACCGGGCUUGUGGGUGCUCGUCUUCGAGUUCGUACGCCGCUUCGUUUCGGAGACCUGCGCGUUAGGAAGAAAGCAAUACGGGGAGUAACUUUGUUUCUUUACGAUAUACAUAAUACUGGUGAAAAUGAAAAUAAUAACGCUAUCGAUAAUGAAGAUAACGAUAAUAGUACUAAUAAUAAUUACGUAAUAGUAAUGGUAAAUUUCAUCGUAUUAUUAUCCCACGAGGACGCCUUAGCGAAACACAUAAACACACACGUCUAGACGGCGCGAGACAAAAAGAGAGGGACAAAAAGAGGGAGAAUGAGGAAGAGGCAGAAAGAGAGAAAACGGGGAGACACACGGAUACACGCGGGAGUGGAGCGCACGCGUGACACGCACACCGGUUUGUACACGCAUCCCUGAGAGCAGUCGACGUGGCUAUGGUAACAGCUUGCACGGCCGAAACGGUACAUUUCCUCGGACGAGUUAAACGAUUAAGUUCUACGAGAGGUACGAUUACGAGUUCUACACGUUCUCUGAAGUAGAACGUGAACCGGUCGAAUCAAGACAUGUAUUCGACUCUGUCCUCCGCGACUACACUUGGGGAUGUAUUACACAUACACACAUACAUACACACGUACACGAACGCACAUACACACGUACGUGUAUGCACGCAACGUUACAUGAGCGACGAUGCGCGUAGAAGUGCGACUUGCCGAUGAAUUAAAGAUACCCGCUGCGGUCGAGGGCUAAUGUUGAUGCAGGAAUCCCCGAAUACACACGCGAGAAGUAUUAAGUAUUAAAGAGCUCCUACGCCGACUGUGGGCUGCCCACGUAAAUGUUUCGUAAUGUUUCCGCGAGUUCGCAUAAAGACUCGCGUAAAUCUGAGAGGAUCAGCCCGGAAAUGUGAAUAUUCGAGGAAUAUAAAUUUCGCAAUAAUGUGAAACGUCGAAGAUGUAAACGCUGGUGCUCAAAGAUGGAUGUAAUUAAAGUUUCUAAUUUCUCAACCGGGAUCCUCGAGAAGGUAUAAGAUCAGCGACAUUCCGAAAACAAAAUAUUCGGGGAUUACUGUACGCGGAUUUAACGUCGGUCCUCGUCUACGACGAGACGCGGAAGAAGGCGCUCGAGAAUGUCGAUUACGGACACCAUCUGAGUCGAAAUUUUUUUUCAUAUUAAUCAUGCAAGUUUCAUUGAACCUGAAAGGUUAAGAGAGCAUCUGGAAGUGUAACACUACACAAGGCUACAAUUGAUGUUACAAUUGAUUGAUACAACCGCUGUUGUGUUGAGGCUAGAAGAAAUACUUAUUUAGGAAUUAUUUAAUAUUUGAUUAUCUCAAUAGUCUCUACCUGCAUUUAUUCAAAUCUCAAAUUUUAAUUUCAAUAAGCAAUGGAUUAAUUAUGUAACUUACUCAACUGCAGAUAGAGUAUUGCGAUCAAUUAAUAUUAAAUAAUUAUUAAAGGUUAUUAGGAAUAUAUAAAUGAGUAAAUAAAACACACACAACAAACUGUCUCUCUUUGCGUAAUCUCUUUAUUAUUAUUUUCUAUUGGCGUCAGAAAUGUCAAUAGGAUAUAGAAAUUCAAUAGAAGUGGAAAAGAAGGAGUUGUGUAAGUAUCGUGGAAGACCGAUCGAUACAUUCUGCGUCCUCUAAUCCAUCCUGCAGUUAGCUCUUGGAUGUUAUCGUGGUUUGGCGCUCAAUGGUGCCACACGAAAAUACGAGUCGAUCGAAAACGCGAUACUAAUUUAUCGCGCGUUAAUUAAUGACGAUCGUUGAACAUUGCAAGCGAAACGCUCAAUACAUAAUACACAAUUAGUCCCGCAAAUUGCCGUCGAUAGAUCGAUAGUUACUAAUAAUUUUCAGUCAAUCGUAUCCGUAUUUAAUUGUGCACUUUACAUAACUGUUGAUUAAUCCGGAAAGCGGGGACGUAUUUUCCGGAUUAGUUCACAGUGGCGAGAGAAAGACGUAGUUAGAAACAGCUGGUCGAAAAUGUGUAAUAACUAUCGAUCGAUAAUCGAUACUUAUCAAUCUAUCGAAUGGUAAAGCAGUGCGCAACUGAGUUGUAGAGAGCAUCGUUAUAGAAGCGCGAAUUUUCGGCGGCCAUCUUGGGUUUCGAUCUUUUCGCGCCGAGCAGCAGUCGUGAACGUAUCGAUCGACAUCGCUCCGCAUUUUACGCGUCUUUUGCUCGUCGAAAGUGAGUCUCACGCGUAAAUAAGUAUCGGGAGUGCCGAACAUAGCGAUAGGCGAUCAUCGGAGGGUAUCGUGAGUACAUCAAUAUCGAAUAAUCAUCUCAUUUUUCGAUAUAUACAGUCGGUGCUUGUCGGUCGAGUCGGCGUCUCUUAGGCUCAGUUGUACCAACCGAGCCCUAAGCUAAUAGUUAAAUCAUAUGUCUAUCCUUGUUUAUUUUGAAGGAGAAACGAAAUCAAUCAUAUGAUUUAACUCUAUUUAGCUUACCACUUGUGUGGUACAACGUGCCUUACACUUGUUAUUGCCAUUCACUCACUCAAAUAUUAAUAGAACUGUGAGUAAUUGUCGGGGAUUUGUUAAUCAUGGAUAUUAGAAACGCGGUGGUAAUCAGAAUGAUAGAUAAAUAAUAUGACAAAGAUGUAUCCGCGACGCCGAAUUUUGGUUAGAGUAGCGUCUGUUUGUUAGCAAGAAGUGCGCAAUGUGUGUGCGCACAUUUUGAUAUUUUGAGAAUUUAAUAAUUUUGAGAGUCCGAGAUAUCUCGAGAAUGUUGAUUAUUAUAGUCGUCCGGACGCUCAUUGACGAGCGACGAUCGUUGUCGGUAAAAAGGGAAUCACUCGCGUCGUCGCGACAUUUUUAUCCAUUGUUUUGAUACUCGCGCGCGUGUAACGUACAUUUUCCGCGACCAAGUCAUUACGUCUCUAGCCAACGAGCAACGCGUGUACCGCGAUACGAAGUACAUGUAUUGGUACGAUAUUUUCAAUUUCGAGUUAUCAAAAUAUCUCGGCGUCUUUUGAAGUAUUUAAUUAAAUUCUCGUCGGCAUCGCGUAAGUGAGUUAAUAACACGCAUUCCUUCGAUCGAGUUGUAUUAAUUCGAGCGUCCGGAACCACGAAACAGCUAGGAGCAGGAUGCUCGAUCGAACAGCCAGGAUAGAGGACGCAGAACGUCGGUCAACGAUAUAUCGUAUAUUUCCAGGUGUGUUAAAUCAUUUCUUGCACAGGAUGUUUGACGAGCUUGACGAGAAUAGGGAGACAUCCGAGUCGAAAUUUAGAAUCUACUUUAAGGUCAGCAUUAAAAAAAAGUAACACAUUUGAUCAAUAAUCAUAACUUGAUGAAUUUCUGAUUAUUUGUCAAUCUGCAUUUAUUUCAUACAAAAGACAUAGAUGCAUAAGCCGAAUAACGACACUUGGAAACACGAAUUUGUGGUUAAUUAUUUCCUCGAUCAAAGAUCGUGAAAUAAUUUACAAAUAGGAAUGUCUCACAAAUGCUGAUAUCUGUUUCUGUAAUAAAAAAGCUUCGUUGAACGCGAGUUUCAGCUUGAAUCAACCAACGCUCUUUUCACUUCUGCUUAGCCUUCUUUUUGUACUGAAAAUCUAUAUUUAAAUCUCUAAUCUAUACACAAUUGCUACUUUUACAUUUACAACUCCUUUCUUUUCAACUUUUUUAAGAGCUUGAAAUCUUAUUGAUGGAAUCUCCAGCGAAAAGAAAUAAUGAGGAAAGGAUUGUGAAUAUAGUUUAUUUUUUAUUUGCUCAUAUUAAUUAUUUAUUAUUUGCUUAUCGCACAUGUUCUAUCUGCAGUUGAGCAAGUUACAUAAUUAAUACAUUGCUUAUUGAAUGUAAGAAUAAAUAUUAAAUGCAGAGAGAAUAUCGAGAUAAUCGAAUAAUAAAUGAUGAUCGAAUAGAUGUUUCUUUAAGUUUCAACAUAAAGAAAUCAGUAUUAAGUAAUCAUUUUCAACAUCAAGAUAGCAUAAUAGCCUGUGCAGUAUUAUAUCUGGAGAUUCUCCAUUGAUCUUUCAAACUCGACGUUGUGUUUAAAGAAUUCAUGUAGAAUCAAAAUUUCGACUCGGAUGGUUUCCUUCAGGUGCAUGCGAAACAGUAUAACGAUCAGAAAGAGAAACAAUGAGUGCGAGAAAGUUUAUGCGAAAAGAAGAAGAGAACGGGGAGAAACAGGAGAUCGGGCUUUAAGGGUAAAACGCACACGUUACACUUUCAGAAUACACAUGACGAACUGCCAAGGAGAUUUAAGUAAUGCCAGUGAAUUUUCUUAUCCGUAUCACUAGUAUGUAAAAAUCGACGACGACUUAAUAAACGGGGGAUUUGUACUACGAUUUAAGCGACGGUGGCGUAACAUAAAUACUCUCUCGGAUAGGUUGUGCGAGGUAGCCUCGAAGGAUCUCGAGGGACACGCCGUGCAAAAAAAUGCGGGAAAUGGGGCGGAGGAGAUGCGAGAGAAAAUUAUGAGGGACGGUUAACGGUUGUUCGAUAACUACCUUCGCUUGUGACAACGCGAACAGAAUAUUCAGUUUCGAGCGACACACCUUCUUUCCCUGAUGUCCGCAGAGCGAAUCGCUUCGCCAUCGAUCCGCACAUUCUCGUCCCGCGUUCAGCGCCAAGUGCAGUUGUCCGACUGUUCAUUUAUUCAUUUACUUUUUAACGAGAAACACUCUUUUAAUUAUGUUCAUCUUGCAGCUUGAAAUUUCGCGUGAAUCUCAACUCUGUGUCAAACACGUGUGAGAGGCGCACUCAACAUUAAUUUGGUUGCGAUGGUAAUCCGGUUUUACGUUUCGAAUAGCUAAUUUUUGCGCUGAGAACGGUCUGUUCGAAGCACCGCGUGUGGACAGAACACGCCGAAAUUUUUGCGUAAAACGCGAUCGUCGAGUUCUCUUUUUCUCUCUCUUUUCGAAUUUUUGGAAAAUGAGACGAACGCAUUUGUGGCUGAUUGCGCGCUGAGAAAACGGAUCGUUAUCACUUGCAUCGUGCGUAUUAAACGUGAACUCACACAGACAUACCUUCUAUACACAGGACACUCGCGUAUCUUUCUGUGUCUGACAGUUCAAUCUUUUCCCCCACUAUAAUAUCUCCAUUAUAGAAACCAUUACCGCGAGACGACAUCGUGUCUUCUUUUUAGGCGUUUCGCGACAGGAAGAUUAAGCGCGGAUUUUUAUUUCCACCCUAUUAAAAAAAAAAAAACGUGACUUUGACAUCUCAUAUUCUGCUGUUGUCUCUUCGGAGACACAUUACGGCGCGCGUUUCCGCCGACGGUCGUAUCCAAUAACCGGGUAGCAACAUACAAAUUCGAGAACACUAAUUUUUUAUAAUCUCGCGCGACAGUCCGACUCGUCUCUUGUAGAGAGAAUCAACAUUGCGAUAUUAAAUACCGCGAUCAACGAGAGCCGGUUUAUUACGGCAGACAUUUGUCUCGACUCGCGAAAGAGACGAGAAGGAGGGAAAAACGUGAGGCUCUUCUUCUAAACGCAUUCCCAAAAAUAUUGGCGUACGCCACGUCUGCAAAUUUAUGAGCCGUUUGUAAGUCACGAGUAGAAAAUCGCGGAAGCGACGGAGUCGAAAGAGGCGACACGUAGAACGGCUAACGGGUAGAGAAAGACCGAUUAAAAGAAGGAAGUUGCUCUUGGGGUUCACACAGGGCUAAUUCGUAGACGGGCGACUGAGCCGUCGACGUCGGGGAGACAAACUCAACGUUGUAUUGUACAUUUUUUCGGCCAUCGGCACUGGAUAAUCGCGACAACCAAUCACGUUAUCAUUUAAUAAUUAUUAAAGAUUAUUAAAAUAAUUGAGAUCGUUGUUGACGAUAUUGCGAAGAUAGGCAGUGGGAGUGGGGCAGAGGGAGAGGCGAGCAGGGGAUUAUAAGUGCGAUAAAACCUUAAGACGGUGUUUUGAUCUCUAUAGCGCGCGAGAAAAACGUUUAAAAAGAAUAAAAAAAGAGAGAAGAUAAGAAUAACACGUUGAAUUGCAUUAAAGUCGUGUGGCAGAUAGAGUACGUUGCGUAGGACGAGAAAACGCGGUUAAUCAUUGUAAGUGUCGCAGUAGCUGACGAGAAGUCGAGGAAAUAAUGCGUUAAAAGAAGAAAAAAAUAAAUAAAUAAGCAAAUAAAAAUAAGACGCGUAGUUCGAGACAUCGACGCUUUAAUACCGGCGCACAUUCGUCAUUCGUUGCGAUAAAAAUUAGCAACCAGCUCGUUCAGCCUUCAACCGGCUCGGCAAGCGCAAAACGUCGUGCGUCUGCUCUCGCGCGAAUCAGACAGACGCACGCGGAACUGAACUCUCCGUGUAUCUCGAAACUGGAGCAACCGAUGCCACGCCGCGCCUCUGGAAGUGGAAAGAGGAAAACGAGGAGUUUGCUUGAAGGAGAAAAAGAACGAUUUAAAACCUUUUCACUUUCCAUCCUUCGAUUUCGUUUCCAGGUGCCGUGUCAUCCUGAUCGGAUUAUAUUUUUACAUACGAGCGCGUUCCGUGCGACGUAUUUGAGAAAGAACUUUUGAUCCGCUGAGCUUACUUUUCCAGUUGUGCAGAAAUCGGAACGAACUCCUCGAAUGUUUUAGCUCAAAUAGAAAAUUAUAUAUAUAUAUAUAUAUAUAUAUAUAUAUAUAUAUAUAUAUAUAUAUAUAUAUAUAUGUAAUUAUCUUUCCACCUCCAGAGAGAGAAAAGAGGAGAGACAGAGAGGUCGUACGAAGGCCGUUGGUUGUGCCGUUUCCGAGAUAGUUAAGCGCGCAAAGCGGAAGAUUCUUGACGCUCUGAUCAUUUUUGUCGCUGCAUGAGGACGUCCGGCUCCAUCGUUUCUUUUUACGUGCGUUUGCUGUAGUUCAAGUUGGUGGAAAGGCGAUUAGCCACGCCGAUUCAUUGCGAUUAAUCAAGCCACGUAAUACGAAUACGCCAUCUGUUUUUUGCAUACAACACGAGUCAACGGUAGAGGAGUGCGGUCGAACAACUCCGUGUCUCGUUUCGUCUAGCUCUCUUACUGAAGAAUCCUUUUCUUCAGGAAAAGAACGAACAUUGGAACGAUUGGUCCAAAUCGCAGAGAUCGUAGACGAAGAAUCCGGUGCAAUCUUCACGGCGAGCUGUACAUUCCUCGCGUGCAGACUCUUCUUUCCCGUAAUUAUUAUCGUCAAUAAGAUACGUUCCCAAGACGCGGCCGUGUUAUUACGAGUCACACAGUGCGCGCCGGAGGAGAAUGAUUUCAUUCGCGCAUCGCUGCUACCGAAAGUAGCAUUUCCUUUGAUAUGGAGCCUUCGCUUGUUCGCUCGGAUCCAAUUCAUUAUAGUCACGCGAGAGACAAACACGCGCGUAUCUCGAAGCGUAUAUCGCGAUUAAUGAGUUAAUUAUAUUGCAGCUGUAAAAUUAUUCUAGAAGCAGCGACGUACAUGGAUUACGAGAGUCCUAGAACAUUACGGGUAUCAAAAAAAAAGUCGAGUUAGCGAAAACGAACGCGUGAUCUUAAUAAUGUAAUUGUGAGGUUUAACGAUUAGAUAGUAAAGAAAGAUUAAAAAAUGAAAAAGAAGAUAAAGAAGAAAUAAUAAAACGCGUACCACGGCGUACGCGUGUGUACUCUGUGCACGACUAUACUUGUUCUACUAACUAUAUACUUGUAAAUGUGUACUAUCACACACACAUAUCGCGUAAUGAAAUUCCACGUCGAAGACAGAGAAGAAAUUGCUCACUGUAAUUCGUCGCUAACGACUGCUGGUUUAUUUUCCUAAUAAAUUAACAAGCGCACCGCGUGAGCGACGGCGGGGACGACCGUUCUCCGCGUUACGCGUGCGGAAGUAGCUAGGAUAUAUCUUCACGUUGAGAAUUAACGAAAACGACGUGAGGCUUCCGAUUCUCGCGGAAUCGCGACGAUUUCGCGCUCGACGAGGAGAGGUUUCGAGUGCUCGAUGUGUAAAGGAAAAUUGCGAUAGAAAUCGAUGAACAGGAGAAGUCUGUUGCAUUUAAAUCAAAGUUCGCGGCCGAAUGAAAUCCAGCACCAUCACUUUUGGUGGAGUUUGGCCGAAACCUUUCUCCCGUUGUGGCGCGUAUUCGCUUCGAACAUGCGCGAAAACGUUGUUAUAGAGUUUGAUAGGCUUCUUUCCGCGAUUUCUCUAACGAGGAAACGAAAGGGGAAAAUAUUGCCAUCGGGAACACACUUGGCGGGGAUCGCUCGAGUUAUUAUUCGAGGACUCGCUGGCAAAGUGAGAAACUCAUUCUUCGGACGUCCGAAUUUGCAUAAAGGAAAAAGCGAAUUUUAAAUUCAGGCGGAACGUGACAUAUAAUACCUCGCGUGAGAUGUUUCCACCUCCUUGAACUCGACACGGACAGUUCUCUACGAAGAUAUAACGCAGCAAACGUACCUCUCGGGCAUGGUGUAAUCCGCCGCUUUCGUACUCGAGAAUAAUGAAUAGCAGUAAGUUCGUGUCGUCGAGGGAGCGCGAUGCAUCGAGUUAAAAGGGCAUUAGCCGUUCGGUUGGUUUCUGGCCGUCGGUGAAGAGUAAAAGUUCUCGGUUCACAUCGAGAGAGAAUUUCCUCUCAUCCAGACUGUCCAUCAUUCGCGGUAUUUUCAUUAUCGUCUAUGCGCGUUUAAGAGUCGCAUGAUUAAUAGCGACGGCUUAUUUCACCUCUAAUGCUCUUUUGAUUUUAUAUGUCGCAACAUCUCGAUGUACUCUUAGGCUCCUUGUGAUUUUAAUCGAAAGAGAAAAAAGAGAGAAAGAGAGAGAACCAGAAAUAGAUACUCUCAUUCUUAUUUGAUUUUAGAAUGAUUAUUUGUUUCUGAGGAAAGAGAUCAUUUUUCGGAUGUUUCGCAAAGUUCAAAUUUGCGUCGAUCGAUUGCGAAAAGAUUAAUGAGUUCUCCCUCGCUCGCGAUUGUUUCCGGCUCGCAUUAUAUUUCCGGCCGAUAUGGCGUAUUCGCGAAAACUCAGACGAGAGCGGCGACGGACAAUGAAAUUUCCGUACAAACUGAACAUUUUAGAACAAACGACCGGGAUGAGAAGAGAAAAAGGGCCGGGAGGGAAAAAGGGGAAGAGAGAUAAGCGACAUUAACGUGACUUGCGCCUUUAAAACCGACAACUCAGCUUAAUACGCGCGGGGCUGUUAUAUAUAAACUGUAAUCUUGUAAUAAAAGAAAAACAAAAUAAUAAUAAUAAUGAUUACGUUAGCCAUAACGAUUAACGGAUAACGAUAAAUGACAUAAUAUUACUACUACUCUACUAACGAUAACAAUAAUAAUAUUAAAACGUAUAUUAGCUAUGAGAUUUUUGCCUGUACGAAAAUGUUGAAAUCUCCUUUCUACAACGUUAAUGUACGAUUAAGUCGACUUUCGCGAGUCGAAUCGUUCCCGAUUAACGAGUAGCUGCGGCGAACACGGAAAGAUAAAGAGGGAGAGAGAGAGAGAGAGAGAGAGAAAGAGAGAGAGGGAGGAGAGAGAAAAAGAUAAAAAAUAAGAGAAGGACACAGAGAAGAAAAUUAAAUAAAUAUAUGAAUUAACUAAACGAAGGUUGAUAGAAUAUCGUAGUAGCGCAAAUGUACAGGGUGACGCGAAUGGGAAAUUCGGCAAUGUGACGAGCGAUCUUUCGAACGUCUCGCUUAUCGACUGACGUGUGAGGAUAGCCGAGAUAAGAUCGACGACAGAGCAGAUCGGACAAGAUCGAUCGCGAGGACACUAAUGGGGAAGUUAGAAUCAGUCCGUUGAUUAAAAUCGCUAAUGCGCCGGUACACCCGCAAUUUCGACACAACGAGCUUCGUCUCUCAGUCGAGCCGACGCAGCGCUUUCGUCGUGACGUUGAAAUUAACCCGUUAUACACCCGAAGGAGGAAAAGGCAAACGCGAUUGUCUCCGUUGAGAGCAUCGAUUCGGAAAGACGCGAGCGUAACGUCGUCAAAUUCCACGGACACGCGAACGGGUUAUAACGAGUUAAGUCAAUUGCGAGUUUCGUAGCACUUCUAGCCUUUCACUCGACUCCUAAUUGAUUACCCGAGCGUUUUAAGGACUUUACCUAAGGUUAUAUACCGAUAGAGAUAAUUAAGAUUGCUCAUCGAUUAUGCCUGUCGUUUAAGUGUCAAGACAAUCCCCCGAUGACUCCAAGCGGCUCUGACGACGAAAACUACUUCUCGAUAUAUAUAUAUACAUAUAUAUAUAUAUAUAUAAUACUACCUCUAAUUAACGCAAGAGAGAUAGAUAG